AUGGUCCCAAGGCCCCCCAGUGGUCCUGCCUGGGUGCCUCCCCCAGUGCUGGGUCCUGUUAGGUGCCUCCCCCAGUGGUCCUGCUGGGUGCCUCCCCCAGUGGUCCUCUUAGUGGUCCUGCUGCGCCCCUCUAGUGGUCCUGCGGUGCCUCCCCCAGUGGUCCUGCUGCGCUCUCCAGUGGUCCUGCUGGCCUCCCCAGGUCCUGCUGUGCCUCCCCCAGUGGUCCCACAGGCCUCUAGUGGUCCUGUUAGGUGCCCCCCUCUAGUGGUCCUGCUAGGUGCCUCCCCAGUGGCUGGUCCAGGUGCCCCUCCUAGUGGUCCUGCUGUGCCUCUAGGUCCCCCGCUCCUCCACAGUGGUCCUGCUGGGUGCCUCCUCUAG